CUGGAAUUCUCAGUCUUCCCUCUGUUGGCUCGCGUCCUUGCGCGCGUGCCAAUCGGGGGGGGGUCUUUUGCGCCGACGAUGGCAGCAGUGGCGCCUUGCGCAUACUAUGGCCAUGGACAGGGCUGUGGUUGUCAGAUGCAUCAUAUGCAAGCUUUCAAUGCCUUCGGCCAGGGGAUGCAGAUGCCGAUGCCGGGGUCUCCACCACAAGAUCUGAGCUAUCGCCUGCGACGCUUGCUGCUGGAGCUGAAGCCGCUGGAGGAGAAGCAGUGGGAAGCGCAGCAGUUGGUGCAGCAGAUGCCCAUGGAGCAAGUUGGUCCUUGUGUCAAAGCCAUCUUGGAUCAACCAGUGCCCUUGCGCUGGAUGCAAGUGCUCACCAUACAAAUGCUUGGAGAGCUUCUGCGACUGCACCCUGCGGUCGUGACGUCCAAGUUCACUCAAGCAAAUGUGUCAUGGCUCUUUCCUGAGAAUGGAGAUGUGGAUGCCGCAGCAGCUUUCCUUCGGAAUCUGCUCUGGGCGAAAGAAGCAUCGGGCCAGAGUACGGCCAGUGAGGCCUCCAAAUUAGCAAGGCUUCUAAUGAAGCGAACACAACAAAAGGACUUAUGCAAAGUGCCCAGUUGUUCUGCACGAGCUUGGCUGGCGCAGAUUUGGAAGGAUGUGCCAUCCACCCGGCCGAACCGCGACGUGUUGAUCAGCUGCAAUGUGCGCUGGGUGGCCGACCCCUAUGAGAGCUUGGAAGGAAAAGCUCCGUGUUUGGAGAUCCUUCGGGAAGUUCUGCAGAAAGGAGGAAGCUCUGAAAUGGAGAUUUUUCUGAUCUCCUUGAUCUUCCAGGAGGUGUGUCGCGAACCCAUGCAACACUCACCGGACCUUCAGCAACUCUUGUGGUUCUUACCGGGUCCUCCCAGCCCAUCGACGCUGCGCGCGUUGCUGAAAGGGCUUUCUGAGGAUGGAGGCUAUUUGAUGAGCCUUUGGGCAUGCUUGUGUCACUGGUCGCCUCAGGGACCUUCAAUGGCAGCACCAGCUUGGAACCAUCCUGGACCUCCAUUGUAUGCGCUGCUCCGUGCCAUGCUCGUGGCCUUUGCACAACUCCCGGACAGCAAGCGCCUGUGUCGCUCAGCACUGGUGUCGUUGGCGGCCUUGGGCACCAGCAAUUCGAAGAUAGCAAGCCAAGUACCAGCUUUGCUUUUGAUGCUCUAUCGUGAAGGUCCAGUUCUUCCAUCUGAAGUUUGGAUGCCCUUGGUGCCUCUCUUGGGCUACUUAUCUGAAUACUCUCCCCAGGCCGCCGAACUGAGUGGGCGCUUGCAAGCCUUGGCGAGUGGUGGCUUUUAUGCCUCUGCGCCACAGAUGCCGCCACCAAUGGCGCAGAUGGCGCAGAUGGGCGCAUUCAACACGGCACCAGUGCCCAACCAUCAGUACUAUCAAUCCCAGAUGGGCUACGGAGGUCAAGCUCAAGCAUGGCCCCAGAACCAGGCCAUGCCGAUGCAGGGCUCUAUGCAGAUGCAGGGCUCCAUGCAGCCGUUAGCCACAGGGACACAGUUCAUGACACUGCCACCAGACAGAUCCAAAGCGGUGACGAACAAACCACCCAGUGUUGGACUGCAAAACACAAACAAUACUUGCUACAUGAACAGUUUCGUCCAAGCACUCUUCAUGACUGAUGCCUUUAUAUGGCGCAUCUAUAACUUCUCCUUGAAACUCAAGGAGAAUGCAUCGAAGAUGGACAAAGAGGAUUACGAGUUUGGCAAGAAAGUGGUCGAGCUCCUGCAAAGGCAGUUCGCCAAGAUGGCACUGACCAAGCACAAGCAUACUGACAUUUGGGACAUUCUACAGGCUUUCCCUGCAGAUUACCGAUCGGGAGAGCAGCAGGAUGUCACCGAGACCAUCCGUUUCGUCUUCGACAAGCUGGGUGGCAGUGACCAACUCCUGUUGAAGGAGGUCUUCGCUGGACAGCUGCAAGAGAAGAUCCAAUGCAAAGUGUGCGGGAAUGUGAAGGUCCGGGAAGAGACCUUUACGGACCUGGUCGUGCCCGUGCCAACGGAAAAGGAGGCGAAAGCCAGUGGCAGUGUGCCCACCGCACAGAAGCUUUUGGAUGAGCGGCUGAAGUAUGAAGACAUGGAUGAUGAUGACAAUCUCGUGUUUUGCGAAGUUUGCCAGAAAAACACCCGGGCCACGAAAUGGAGCGAAAUUACCUCACCCCCAGCACAUCUUUGCUUGUGCCUGAACCGCUUUACCUUCAACAUGGAGAAGAUGGACUUCACCAAAGAGAAAACUCCAGUAAAGAUUGAUGAGAGUUUAUUUAUUGGUGGCUAUGAGUAUGAGCUCUACCACACGAUCAUUCACACCGGAAAGGAUGCCUCCAGUGGGCAUUACUACGCCAUGGGCAAGCGGUCGGAACCCACGAACAGUGGAGACACGGGAUUCUACACCAUGGAUGAUUCGCAAAUCAAGCCGGCCGAAGUGUCCUUGUUGGCCGGGAAUCCACCUGAGAAGCUUCUUGAUGACAAUGCCUAUGUCCUCUUCCUGCGAUGCAAACAGGCUCCACCCACCCCAGAGCUUCGAGUUCCACUACCUUUGCUGGAUUACGUCAAAGAAGAGGACAAGAAACAAUGAGCCCAGCUGACCCAGGUGAGUUCAGAUGAUUCGAAUCAGUGUUUCACUGCCUCCAUCGUUUUAGUUCUUGCGAGGCCUCUUUUGGUUUGAUCCAAGUCGAGGAAGAGAUUCACAUCCCCCAUCGCAGCAAAGAGGAAAAAACUGGCGUGAUGGGCCGUGUGGGCGCCGAUUGUGGCUUGGG